AUGCGUCUUGAUGUCAAGAGACAGCUCUUUGCUCGCUCCGAGCGAGUAAAGGGCAUUGAUUUCCACAGUACAGAACCAUGGAUCCUCACAACCCUGUACAAUGGCCAUGCUCAUAUAUGGUCCUACGAGACCCAGUCAAUAAUCAAGACCUUUGAGCUUACCGAUGUUCCCGUCCGAGCCGGUCGCUUCAUUGAGAGAAAGAAUUGGAUAGUCUGUGGCAGUGACGAUUUCCAAUUAAGAGUCGUCAAUUGGAACACCAGUGAGAAAGUCAAAUCCUUCGAAGCACAUCCUGAUUACAUCCGGGCCAUUGUCGUCCACCCCACACUCAGCGUUGUCUUGACCGCCUCAGAUGACAUGACGAUUCGCAUGUUCGAUUGGGACAAGGAAUGGAAAUGUGUUCGAGAAUUCGUCGGUCAUCAGCACUAUGUCAUGGGCCUCUCCAUCAACCCCAAGGACACCAAUGUUUUCGCAUCGGCUUGUCUGGAUCGGACCAUCAAGAUCUGGAGCAUCGAUAACCCCACAGCAAAGCAGACGAUCGAGGCUCACGAGAAAGGAGUCAAUCAUAUUGAUUAUUAUCCUCACAGUGACAAGCCAUAUCUCCUCAGUACCUCCGACGACAAAACAGUCAAGGUCUGGGAUUACACGACUAAAGCCCUCAUUGCCACCCUAGAAGGACACACCAGCAACGUCAGUUUUGCAUGUUACCACCCAGAACUCCCGGUCAUCAUAUCCGGCUCAGAAGACGGAACCAUCAAGAUCUGGCACGCCAAUACCUAUCGACUGGAACAAUCCCUCAGCUAUGGUCUGGAAAGAGCAUGGUGUGUCUCUUACCAGCGAGGCAAACAGGGUGUCGCUAUGGGUUUUGACGACGGCGCUGUGGUGGUCAAGAUGGGUAGAGAAGAACCCGCUGUUUCGAUGGAUGGAACCGGUAAAUUAGUCUGGGCUCGUCACAAUGAAGUGGUUUCCGCCAUCGUCAGGGGUGGAGAUGCAUCCAUCAAGGAUGGCGCGCCCAUUGGCCUUCCCAGUAAAGACAUGGGAACCACUGAGAUCUAUCCAACAACACUAUCACACUCUCCCAACGGUCGAUUCAUCAGUGUCUGCGGAGACGGUGAAUUCAUCAUUUAUACGGCUCUCGCAUGGAGAAAUCAAGCUUUCGGCUCAGCACUUGAUUUUGCAUGGGGGUCCCACCAGAACCCUACUGACUACGCAAUUCGAGAGUCCGGCACCAGCGUCAAGUUGUUCAAGAAGCUGAAAGAGAGCGGCAGUCUUGACGUCGGCUUUCAAGCAGAAGGUCUCUCGGGUGGUGUACUGCUUGGUGUGAAAGGUCAAGGAGGCAUCGGCUUUUUCGACUGGGAAAGUGGAAGCCUCGUUCGAAGAAUCGAGGUUGAGCCCAGAGAGGUAUAUUGGAGUGAAUCUGGCGAGCUAGUCGCCCUGGCCUGUGCAGAUGCAACCUAUGUCCUUCGAUUCGACCGUGAGGCCUAUCUCGACGGCAUCAAUUCCGGACAGGCUGAUGAAGAUGGUGUCGAGGCCGCAUUCGCCGUGGUGACAGAUCUACAAGAAUCGGUCAAAAGCGGAGAAUGGGUUGGUGAUGCCUUCCUUUUCACAACGAACGCGCGUCUCAGCUAUCUUCUUGGUGAACAAGUGGUACACAUCGCCCAAUUCGAUCAACCUAUGUACCUGUUACGGUAUCUGCAGAGAGAUGAACGAGUCUACCUUGCCGAUAAAGACGUGGGAGUGGUCAGCUACAGCCUAUCAACCGCCUUACUCUCGUACCAGACGUUAGUACUGAGAAACGAUCUUGAUGCAGCUCAAGAAUUACUUGAGGACAUCCCUGCAGACCAGUUGAAUAAGAUUGCACGAUUCUUGGAAGCCCAGGGUCACAAGGAGUUGGCUCUUGAUGUCGCAACAGACCCAGAACAUCGCUUCGAGCUUGCCUUGGGUUUGAACAACCUCGCAGUGGCCCUGGAGAUUGCUCGUGAAUCGGACAUUCAAGCCAAGUGGUCAGCGGUGGCAGAUAAAGCUCUCGAGGCUUGGGAUCUGAAACUCGCAGAAGAAUGCUUUCUCAGAGCUAAGGACCUGGGAAGUCUAUUGCUUCUGUACACCAGUUCAGGAAACAGCGAAGGAUUGCUCGAGUUGGCCAAACAAGCCGAAGAGACAGGCAGCAACAAUGUUGCAUUUGCCAGUCUAUGGUCCACUGGUGAUAUUCCGGCAGCGCUCGAACUUCUCAGGCGAACUGGCAGACUCAGUGAAGCCGUCCUGUUCAGUCAAACGUACAAACCCUCCAGUACACCAGGACUGGUUGUGGAUUGGAAGGACAACUUGGACAAACAAGGCAAGAGCAAGGUCAGUCGCCUGCUCGGUGUUCCAGGCCAGGACGAAGAAUUGUUUCCAGAGUGGGACGAGUAUAUCAAACUUGAAGAGCAAGGCGGAGCCGCCGAUUUGGUAGAUGUCAACGGCACAGAUGAACCGGCCACAAAUGGCACAACCGCUGACGGCGAUGAUACCGUUGAGGACGAGGACGAUGAUGAUGAGAAGACUCCAGCUGAGACCGCUGCCUAA